AUGAUUAAGUUGGUUAAUUGUUGCUGGAGUUUUGUAUUUGCGGUUAUUUGUGUUUCUUUGAUUAUAAGUGAGUGUCCAUUGGUUUUCGCUGGUCCCGUUAGAGUGAAAAUGUAUGACCAUCGAGCAGAACACGAUCCAAAGCAUCUUUAUGGAACUGGACCUUGGAACUAUUAUGGUUACGGUUAUGGAAUUGAAUAUGCAUAUAAACCGGACGGAACUUUUAACAGGGAAAAAGGUUACGGAUAUUUGAAGGCUUUUGGUAGAGAUUUUUGUAAAUACAAAGAUCUAUCGAAGUGUCGUAAAUCACAUCCAAAGAAAACGGAGAAAAUUAUUAAUCGAGGUGAACCAUUUUGGGGACAACCACCAGCAGAGAUAAUUAAAGAAAGUGAACCAAAUAUUGGUAAUGGAGAGAAAUUGUUACUUCCAAUUAAACGAUCAAAAGUGGGUAGAGGAAUUGAUCGAUUUCCUUAUCCGUUUAACCACUACCAUUAGUUAAUUGUGUGUGUAUGUGUUUCUCCACGUGCCAUAGUUAGUAAAUUAUGUUCAUCUUUCCUCCAUCUUUGGUUACAAUUACAUCAACGAAAAUAUAAUUUCAUCAGAUUAACCGGUUGCAAAUUCCAAUUUACAAAUUAUCAAUUAUUGAGCAGUUAUUUGUGUUUUACCAAGAAUUUUCAUUUGUAAUCGAGAAUGUUCAACACGAUUUGUAAGUUGCCCUUUGGGUAUGUGAAAAUUAACAAUAGAAAAAUGGAAUAAAGGAAAAGAAAAAGAAGAAAAAAAAAAAAAGAA